UCUUAAGGGAAGCCAAUCAAAAGUCAUUCUCGAAAGAAUUAAUGUCACUCAAUUUAUAUUUAAAUAAUGUUUCUGAACAUUUAGAUUUCUAUUCAAAAAAUAAUGACAGAAUAUUUGAUACGUCAAAUAAAACUUCCAGUAUUCUUAGAGGUUACUUGAUGAUUCAUGAUUAUUUUUCAGAACAGUUUGAGAAAAUGAUAUUAAAUAUUUGUCGUGAUAUAACAUAUGACGAAGUAUUUGUUUAUUGUCCUGAUUACAACAAAUCAGGAGAAUAUACUAUAGAAAAUUUUCAAUAUGUUGCAAAUAGACUUAAAAACAGAUUAUUACAAAGUGAUAAGCAACAAAACGACACUGAUGAUAAUAUAAACAAUUUAGAACACAGUGAAAUAUAUUUUGUUUUUAAUAAAGCUGUUAAACGGUCUGAAUACUGGAAAUUUUUGCCAAAAAAUCUAUUAUUAUAUGACUUUAUGACGAGUGAUCGUAAAAUUCCCGAAAAAGAUCUAAUGAUAAGUUCACAGGAUGAACAAUAUUCAAUAUUAAUAAACGAGCAGAAACAAUCUAUUUUAGAUAUGAUUAGAUUUGCACCACUCGUCUAUAAAUGUCCUGAUAGCAGACCCAUAACCAUUUUUGAUAUAUUUAGAUACAUUAAAUAUUCAUUAUACAGAAGAGAAGUACAAGCAUUUCAUACACUCAUACUAACAGCAACAUUUCGUCCUAUUGUUUUACUAGUAAGACUGUUUGUCAAAACUCUUAAUGAAUACAACAAAAUAAAUGACCAAGAAGUACCUUUAAAAUACUAUGAUAAUAUUAUUUCUGUCGGUAAUAGAAUACUUGAAUGUUUUCAAAAGUUUGUCGAUUUGAAUCUUUUUGGCUACAAGUCGAAACUAUACUUUUCUUCAUUUUUACGUAGAACUUCUGAUUGCCUUGAUCAUUUUAUUUAUAAUAGGAAAAGCUGUAUGAUGUGUUUAUGCAUUACUUUGCAAAAGUCAACAAAAUCAUUUAUAUAUAACAACAAAUUGGUCCUUAAUAUUCCAAAUGAGAUUUUUAUAGAGGACAAUAUUGACAAACUCUUGGAAAAAUUGGCUGUGAAAGUGGAACAAUCAGAAGAAUUCGUAAGAGAAUUAAAAGAACAUGAUAAAUUGUUUAAAUUCACUAAAACAUCUUUUAGUGUUAAUUACAUAUUACAUUAUCAAUACACGUAUAUGUUUAAUAAAAAAAUAAUAGAAAAUUUAUGCCGAACUAAAGAUAAUUACACAUCUUUAUACGAUGCUGCCACUCAAAUCGGCCAUGUCAAAGAAAAAGGUAAUGCCAACGAUGACGAAAAUAGAAAAAAAAAAAUUGUAAUGUAUCAAAAUCAUCCUGAGAAAAAUAUAGAGAAUAGUUAUGGAUGCCAUCUAAACUAUUGUUAUUAUCCCUACCCUGUAUACUUAAUGGAUUACAUAUUGUACAUAUAAAUUGGAUCAAUUUUCAAUAUUUAUAAAUAAAUUUUUAGAAGGGUUAAGCAUAAGAUUUUCUUUUUAAUUAUAUUUAAAAUUAUUUAGUGAAAAAACAUAGAAUAUAAAUUUUAUUGUGUCAGUAAAUUUAUGUAUAUUUAGACUAUUAUAUCUUUUAUGACAACUGAAAAGUAAAGUAACACAUUUCUUGUGUUGCUUAAAGCACCACAAUGUUUUAGCUUCGAUGCGAAGCUGAGAAGGUAUUAAUUUUACUAUGAUGUGUUUUUUUAUUUUUUAUUUUUUUUUUUGUGUCUGUGAACGCUCAAUCUCAGCUCUCGCUGGACCGAUUUUGAUGAACAAUAUGUCAAAAGAUCACAAAUCGUAUCUAGUCGAAGACAUUACCCUCAAAAAUUGAAAAAAAUUCCCUCGUUCCCCGUAAACGGGGGAAAUCCCCCAAAAAAUUACAAAUUUAAAAAUCGCUAAUUUUCGAUAUUUUUUCAAUUUUUUUUACUUAAAAUUGCCAUAACUUUUUUAAAAAUGACCGAAUCAAUAUAAUUUUUUUUUUUAUAGAUACCUUAGAUAAUUACCUAUCAUUUUAUAUAUUUUUGUGAACAUUUGACCCUUUAACAGCCCAAAGGAUGGGGUUUCAAAAUGGUAACUUUUUUACAAAAAAUUAACUUUUUCAACUUAACUUUUGAAAAUGUUCCGGAAAGACUGACAAUUUUAUAUAUACCUUAAAUUAAAGCUAAUGUAAUAUACUUUAAUUUGAAAAAAAAAAAUUUGACCUCUGGACUUGUCUUCAUGGUGAAAAUGACUACCGUAUGCAAAAAUAUGCUAUUUUUGUGAAAAAAUUCUUGAUAUUAUAUUUUACAUUUUUUAACAUUAUGUUGCUAUAACUUUUUAAAAAAUGCAUGAAUCAACUUUAUUCUUUAAUGAUAAAUACUUUAUAUAUACUUCUUUCAUUCGACAUACUUUUUUUUAAAAUCGGACCAUUUCCCUUUAUACAGGGGGGGUGCAAACCUUUUAAAAUGCGUAUAGAAAGUAGAACUUUUUCAACUUAACUUUUGAAAAUGUUCCGGAAAGACUGACACUUUUAUAUAUAUCUUAAAUUAAAGCUUAUGUAAUAUACUUUAAUUUGAAAAAAAAAAAUUUGACCUCUGGACUUGUCUUCGUGGUGAAAACGGACAUCAAAGUUAAAGAAAAACGUACGAUUUCCGUGAAAAAAAUCUCGAUUUUAUAUGUUAUAUUAUUUAAUUUAUAUUUUAUAUAACUUUUGGAAAAAUGUAUGGAUCAAUAUUAUUAUUUUUUUAUAAUAAAUAUUUAUAUACCCCUUUCAUCUGGCACGCUUUUUUUGUAAAUCGGAUCAUACCCCUUUAACAAGGGGGGUCAAAACUUUAAACAUGCGUAUUGUUACUACGAUAUUUUCAAUUUAAUUUUUGAAAGUAUUCCGGAAAUACUGACACUUUUAAAUAUAUCUUAAAUUAAAGCUUAUGUAAUAUACUUUAAUGUGAAAAAAAAAAAUUUGACCUCUGGAUUUGUCUUCAUGGUAAAAAUGACUACCGUAUGCAAAAAUAUGCUAUUUUUGUGUUAAAAUUCUGGGUUUUGUAUUUUAUUUUAUUUUAAAAUACCUGACAAGGGGAGUACAGAUUUUCAUAAAUAUUAUAUAAAUUAAAAUUGAUAUAGUAUAGAUAGUUAAACUUAUUUAAAUAUGUUUGUUUCUUUUAAGUCGAGAAAAAUAACUUUGAAAUUUGAACUAGCUUAAAUAGCCAAUUUUUCAACCGCCGGAAGCAACGUACGGUUGCCGAGUUGGUAAAAUUUAUGUUUUACACGCUUGGGGUACGAGGUUCCAACCCGCAUAUGGCAAUGAAUUUUUUGCAUUUUUUCUUAAUUCUUUUUAAGUUAGUAUAAAUUUUAACUCGUUUGAUUUUUAUCACAUUUAGAUUCAAUAACUUCAAUAAAGAUCAAGGAUCCCAUCACUUUAGUCGCCCCUUGCAAGAAGAAAUUUCUUAUUCGUAUUAAAAUUAUUUUACUAUAUUUUAAGUUUUCGCUUCGAUGCAAAGCCGAGAAGAUAUUUUUUUGUGACUAUCAUUUAUUUUCUCUGCUCUAACUUGACCUACUUUUUUCAACAAUACGUCAAAUUACUACAAUUCGUAUCUAGUUGAAGAUAUUACUCUCAAAAAUUGAAAAAAAAAUUCUAAUUUAUCAAUUAAACAGUUAGUUAUUACAUCGUCUCCAUAAAGACAAUUAAAAUCAUUAAUUUCUAAUGUUUUCAAAAUAUUUAUUAACGAAUGAAGUUUGAUAUGAUAGGUUUCAACUACA